ACUCCAAGACAAAGUCCAGGAGACCAUCGAGGCUCUGCGUCUGGCAGGGAUCAAAGUAUGGGUGCUGACAGGGGACAAACAUGAGACGGCGGUCAGCGUCAGCCUGUCCUGCGGACACUUCCACAGAACCAUGAACAUCCUGGAGCUCCUGCAGCAGCGCUCUGAUAACGAGUGUGCUGAGCAGCUCCGCAGACUGGACAGGAGGAUCAAGGAGGACCAUGUCAUACAGCACGGGUUAGUCGUGGACGGGGCCAGCCUGUCUUUAGCGUUGAGGGAACACGAGAAACUCUUUAUGGAAGUGUGUAAAAACUGUUCAGCUGUGCUGUGCUGCCGCAUGGCCCCGCUGCAGAAAGCUAAGGUGGUGCGUCUAUUUAAAACCUCCCCAGAGAAACCAAUCACCCUAGCUAUUGGGGACGGAGCCAAUGAUGUCAGUAUGAUACAGGAAGCUCAUGUGGGCAUAGGUAUCAUGGGGAAGGAGGGUCGCCAGGCCGUGAGAAACAGUGACUAUGCAAUCCCCAGGUUUAAGUUCCUGGCUAAACUUCUGCUGGUCCACGGUCACUUUUACUACAUUCGAAUAGCUACGCUUGUACAGUACUUUUUCUACAAGAACGUGUGUUUUAUCACGCCCCAGUUUUUAUACCAGUUCUUCUGUCUGUUUUCACAACAAACUCUGUAUGACAGUGUUUAUCUGACACUGUACAACAUCUGCUUCACCUCGCUUCCCAUCCUGGUGUUCAGCCUGUUUGAACAGCUGGUCCAUCCACACGUACUGCAGAAUAAACCUGGCCUGUACAGGUAA